AUGGACAACCCAAAAGUGCAAGCUCGGACUGACAGUAAGGAAUUGAAGUUCAAUUGUGCAAUGCAACACAACAUUCCUGAUGCGUUGAAUGACGACAAAAGAGCUGCGGUAGAGAUCAUCAAAGUUGAUGCCAAGGUUCAGGCCCAACGAGUCAUGCUAAUGACCAUGUACGGAACUACCUCGAUUGGCGGGAGAGAGUGCAUGGGUAUGAUCAACACCAAAGACUCCUCCUUGGAGAUGCAUCUGUCACAUCUAGCAUUUGACAUCUGGGCAAAAGCAAUCAAAGGAGUUCCAGUGGCUACCCAUCAGCAAUGCCCGCUCCAACAAUCAGAACUCGAGCAUUAG